AUAUUCUCAUAUUUUUCACCUAAAACAUAAGUAUACUAAUAUGGAAAUUUACCUGGUAAAGAUAAUUCAUUCUCUGAAAUCCAUCCUUUCCAACACAUUUUUGUAUUUUAUUUGUAUUCAUUGUUGUAGUUCAAAUAUUCUGUAGUCUAAAUAUAUCAAUCUGAUUCUAACCUAGAAGUUAUAAGAUUUUUAAAUGGAAGAUUUUUCUUGGGCUAAGCUAUAUCCAGAAGUAUAUAAAGUAUGUACAUUAUUUCAAAUGACGGAAAUAGCAAAUCCAAUUGAAUUUCAUUAUAAAAAACUUGACCAAUUUCUACAAGAUGGGCCUCAGUGUGGUUUAGUUGCACUUGCCAUGUGUGUGGGAAAUCCUACAAAGGACAGUAUUCAAAAUUUAUUUGAAACUGCAAAAAAAUAUAAUUUUUCAAACAACGGAGAAAUGUUUAGUGUUGAUAAUAUGGCAACUUUAGCAAAAGAAGUGUUACCAAUUGGAACUGAAAUUAAAGUAUACAAUGGUUAUUUAGACAAUGAUUUUAUCAAGAAAAGUUUGCUUGGUGGUAGUAUUAUGUUAGUACCCUAUGACACAGAGAAAGAUAACUCUCCAGGUUUAUGCAAAGGUCACAAAGCUCAUUGGGCUGCCAUUUGUGGUGGAAUUCUAACUGAAAACGAUUUUUAUGUUCUUGCAAGACAUGGUAAAGCUAGGAAUGUAGCAAUCUGGAAAUUGAAAGUUUUAGCUAACAGCAAUAAACAACUGUUGGAAUUUUCUCCAGAUAGAAAAUUUCAGGAUAUUGUUUAUAAAUUACCAAUUGGUGGAAUUUCAGGUCCAUUUGGAUUGAAAGAAAAAAGUAUUUUAAUUCAAUAUAAGUGUUGAAUAUUAUAAUACUUAUAUUUAUAGGAAAAAAUAAAAUUAACUCACCUUUUCAAAAUGUUGACAUAAAA